CGUUGCUAAUUAGAUACGGUGACAUUCGGAAAAUGGCGACAUCCAGGGACUUUAGUUUUUCUCAAACCAGCGCAUCAGACGAGGUGCACGACUUUUCAUGUAAUCCUUGUGCGAAGGAAGGGAAAAAUACGGAGGCUUUGUUUCAGUGUACGGACUGUUAUAUUUUUUUUUGUCACAGAUGUGUUUCAGGUCACAACAAAUUCACCGAAAACCACAAUGUAGUUGACAGGUCUUCAAACAAUUUCGGAAAAGGUCAAAGAACACCGAGACCAUUUACUCCUCUUGAUCUGCCGACGGAUUUCUGUGAUGAACACGACGGCGAAUUAAUCAGGAUGUUUUGUGUGAAACAUGAAGUAGUGUGUUGUACUAUUUGCGUUACUGUAAAACAUAGAUCCUGUGUUGGUGUCGAAUAUAUUCCAAAUAUCGCCAAAGGAUAUCUUAAGAGACUGAACAAAGACCAAACUAUUACAUCAUUGGAGAAAGUGAAAUAUGAUUUACAAAAGCUAAAGUUAAAAGCUCAUAAUGAUUCAAAGGAGUUAAGUAAGCAGCGUGAUGGUAUACUCGACGACAUUCAAAAGUUUAAGAAAAGUCUCACAAAAAGAAUUAGGGAGUUGGAAAAGAAGUCAAUUAAAGAAGUUCAGGAUCAUUAUAACAAGAUAGCUGACGACAUAAACGCCGACAGGAAGAAAAUCGAUGAUAUCCUGAAAUGUGUUGAAAAACGACUUGACAAACUGAGACAAUCUAGAACCAACAACGACGCAGAAACAUUUGUUAACAUCAAGUACGGAGAAAUGAAAGUUUCAGAUGGAAAUGCCUGCGUUCAAACCACAUUAGCCAGAAAGCCGGAAAAAUUAGCAUUUGAACUGAACAAAGAUAUUGAAAAAUAUCUACAUGAAACACAUUCUUUGGGAACACCGACAGCUAAGACUCAGACAGAUGCAGCUGGUCCAGUACAAACAGCAUCACGUACAGACCGGUCCAAAAAGACUGCAGACCAACAACCAUGUCCAUCAUGCGGUGAUAUCGUUAAACCGGAGUACAUGCAGGAACACAUGAAAAUACACUGUGCAAAGAAGGAAUUUAUAUGUUCAAAUUGCGGCGAAGGCUUCGAUACAGAAUUGGAUUGUAUGAUUCAUGAUAUUGACUGUGAGAUGGGCGGUUCGUUCGAAGAUGAUGUUUACAAUUCAUACCGAUUGAUUCCUAAUGAGCCUUCGUAUGGAUUUGAGUGUUUUGUCAAAUAAACAUGACCUUAUAACACUUGCUUGAAACUAUAAAUAUUAAUUGAAAUCGCAGGCAGUGUAAGAGAGUUAAGACUAUAACGGAUUAUAUUUUUGUUUAAGGUUGACCCUGAAAGACAAUCGGCAACAUAUGUAUUCUAUCUUUGCGAUUUCAGUAUUCUUCUCUUUUUAUGGAAAGCGAAGUGCGCGUUAAGUUCGUUUUAUGUCCGAAGAAUGCCGAAUUGCGUAACAAGAAUACGUAAUCUCACGGAAAUAACCGAGCGUCGUAACAGGUCAACUACCUUCAUUUUGAUACGCGUACUUUCACACUGCAAUCUAUGCCCGCCCGCUUAGCUCAGUAGGGAGAGCGUUGGUAUACGGACCGCGGGGUCGCGAGUUCAAUCCCCGGGCGGGCGUAUGUUCUCCGUGUCGAUUUAAUAAAAGACAUUGUGUCUGAAAUCAUUUGUCCUCCACCUCUGAUCCAUGUGGGGAAGUUGGUUGUUACUUGCGAAGAUCCUUUGUACUGGUAAAGAAACCAGGAACGUUGGUAUACGGACCGCGGGGUCGUAAGUUCAAUCCCCGGGCGGGCGUAUGUUCUCCGCGUCGAUUUAAUAAAAGACAUUGUGUCUGAAAUCAUUUGUCUUCCACCUCUGAUUCAUGUGGGGAAGUUGGUUGUUACUUGCGGGGAUCCUUUGUACUGGUAAAGAAUCCAGGAACGCUGGUAAGGUUAACUGCCUGCGUUUGCAUGACUGAAAUACUGUUGAGAAACGGCUUCAACCCAAAACAAACAAACAAAUCCACACUGCAAUCUGGGACUUCAAUGGAAGUAAGUCAUUUUAAAGGUUAUCCUGGUUGAGCAUAUCUAAACUUUACAUACUUUACUGUGAUUUGUGUUUGAUUUUUCUAAAUUAUUGUUAAUCAAAGUUGGUAAUAAAGUAUCUAAAAGUGAUCUGUGACAUUACACGAUUAUUGCUUGUUACAUUUUGUAUAUAAUUUUGAUUAACUC